GACCUUAACUGAUUAGACGUCCAAUGAGAGCAGAUCUUAACAGCCUGCCAGUAGCCACAGUCUCAUACAUACAUACAUACACAUAUAUCUCUCCUGUUGAAGUGUGUGUUGUAAAUACCUGCAUUCCUUGUCAGUACCACUGGGCUUUGUUGGGAUAAUCCAGCACAAUCCUAGCCAGGUCUGAUUUGAAUUGAAAUAAUAAUGAGGAAAGGCAAGUACAGGUGUUGCAGCUCGGGAAGCUGGAAGAAGCCUGAAGGGAGCUCCAGAGUGGGUUCAGCCGAGAUCUACCGCUCCCCAGCAGACCUGAGAACAUCAGUCAUUGCAGAGGAACAGUUUCACGGUGGCAGCAGAGGUGGCAGUGGUGGUGGUGGUGGUGGCAGUCGCGACUCUUCUCCCUGCAGUCGACGUCACAGUAGUUAUUACCCUCAGCCAGGUGUGACACAAGGAGGUGACACCAUCACGCAGCCACAGCACACCAUGACCAGUACAGAGGUCGGGAGGACAUCCUCAAGUCCUCAGAGGAUUGACACGAGUCCUCAGAGGAUUGACAGGGUGAAUACGCCAGGGGGAUUGGGACAGCACGAUGAUAUGAAAAGGAAGCCUACUGGGUGCAGUGUGGAUAAAAAUUUAUCUAAAUGGCCGACUAUGACACAGCUGAAGCCUUAUAUGUACCUGGUCCACCAUACGUACGGGGGCUACCAUUGUAACAGAAUGGAGGACCAGAACACAGAAGACCUGUACCGAUCCAUAAACCAUGCGGAACGCAUGAUCCGCAAGGUGGAAGUCUAUGCACAAAAACGUUUACUCUGUGAUGUCGUCCUGCUCGUGGGAGAGCGCACCAUUCCAGCUCAUAGGCUCAUUCUUAGUGCAGCUUCCGAUUACUUCGCUGCGAUGUUUACAAAUGACGUCCGCGAGGCCACACAAGAGGAGAUUAGGAUGAAGGACGUUGAUUCUGAUGCCCUAGCUGCUUUAGUACAGUACAUGUAUACUGGCAGAAUUGAGCUGCGAGAUGAGUCUGUGGAGAGCCUUCUGUCCACGGCGUGUUUACUCCAGCUGUCUGAGGUGGUGGAAGCGUGCUGCGGCUAUCUCAUGAAGCAGCUUCAUCCUUCCAACUGUUUAGGAAUACGGCAGUUUGCCGAUGCUCAGGGAUGUACAGAUCUGUAUAAAGUCGCCAAUAACUAUGUCAUGGAAAACUUUUGUGAUGUGAUGCAAAAUCAGGAGUUCUGCGAGCUGUCAGCAGAUGAGGUGUCCAAACUCCUUACAAAUGACGAUCUGAACGUGCCAAAUGAAGAAAUGACUUUUCAUGCGCUGUGCACGUGGGCAAAACACGACAUGAGCACACGCAAAAAAUACCUCAGUAAAUUACUCGCCAAUGUCAAACUGCCAUUAUUACCUCCACAGUUCAUUGCGGACCACGUAGAAACUAAUGCUCUAUUUAAGGAAGACAGAGAAUGUCAGGAACUGAUAAUGGAGGCCUUGAAGUACCACCUCCUCCCCGAACGCCGCCAUUCCCUCCAAAGUCCUCGCACCAAGCCUCGGAAGUCCACGGUGGGCGUCCUGUAUGCCGUUGGAGGGAUGGACUGCACCAAAGGUGAGUGUGCCACCAGCAUAGAGAAAUAUGACUUCCGUGCCAACACCUGGACCCAAGUGGCCAACAUGAAUGGCCGACGUCUGCAGUUUGGGGUUGCCGUCCUGGAGGACAAGCUGUUCGUGGUGGGGGGCAGGGACGGCCUGAAGACCCUGAAUACUGUGGAGUGUUAUGAUCCCAGGAAGAAGACGUGGAGUCUAAUGCCACCUAUGUCAACACACAGGCAUGGACUGGGUGUUGGGGUAUUAGAGGGUCCAAUGUAUGCAGUAGGGGGCCAUGAUGGCUGGUCCUACCUGAACACAGUGGAGAGGUGGGAUCCCCAGGCCAGGCAGUGGAGCUAUGUGGCCCCCAUGUCCACACAGAGGAGUACUGUAGGAGUCACUGUUAUGUGUGGGAAAUUGUAUGCAGUUGGUGGCCGCGAUGGCAGCUCAUGUCUCAGGUCCAUGGAGUGUUUUGAUCCUCACACCAACAAAUGGAACCUCUGCGCGCCUAUGUCCAAGAGGCGUGGCGGGGUGGGUGUGGCCUCUUUUAAUGGGUUUCUCUAUGCAGUGGGCGGCCAUGAUGCUCCGGCCAGUAAUCCGACUUCCAGUAGAUUUGACUGUGUUGAAAGAUAUGACCCCAAGACAGACGUAUGGACCACGGUGGCCCCCAUCAGCUCUAUGAGGGAUGCUGUGGGGAUGUGUGCCCUGGGGGACCGGCUGUUCUGUGUGGGUGGAUAUGACGGGACGCAGUACCUCGCUGAUGUGGAAUGCUACGAUCCAAAUACCAAUGAAUGGACAAAGGUCUCUCCAUUGUGCACGGGGCGUGCAGGUGCAUGUGUGGUUCACAUACGGCACACACAGCUCAUUUGACAGGAGGCUUGCGGGUCACGGUACGGGGCCUCGCUGUGGCCCGCAGAUGGAAAAUGCAGGAUCUCCCCGGCUCAGAGACGCAGCCCCCGUCUCACCCCCGCGCUACCUCUAAAUUCCAUAUUCCUGGCCAAUGAGAGCGACUCUUCUGGAUCAGAGGGGGAGCUGUUCAAGAGGUCUUUACGAAUUAUAAAAGAAGAGCAGCCACCACCUUUGGAGACGGCACUUUGAAGGAGAAGUGUAUCUUAGAGACGCUGCUCUCAUUUCCACAGUGUUAACAUGGCUUCCAAACUUGCACACUCAGAGGAAAAUUCCUUCGAAAAUUUCUCACACAGCUUGCUAUGUGAUCCAAAAAUCUUUUGCUGUAGUGGGAAGAUGUUGCCAGCUUCCAUUUUGAUUGGCUGUGAAUGGCCUUUUAGAAGUAUAUCAGGCUGUGGAACUGUGCUGCCAUCUAUAUUUGAAGACUGGUUUCACUUUGCCAUUAGUGUGCAUUAUGGUCUUUCAGAGAAUUGAGGAUGGCCCUGGUAAAACUGCAGUUUACAUUCAGCUGUUAUGUCUUUUAGUACUUUCCAACUGACAUCAUAGAAGGGUUCAUGUUGAAGAUGUUUCUUUUCCAUCACACAUUGUUAACAUCAGAAGCUGUGCUUCGUUGUUGAAGUAUGCACCCAUGCACCUGUUCUGAAAUAUGCAAUCAAUUUUUAAGAGUGCCUUUCUUGAAUGCACGGCGUUUCCACACUCUCGUCUUCUCAACACUGACAGAGUCAGUUUAUACACGCUUUUCUGAUUGUGAUCUCAAUCUUAAUUGUUUGAGUGGUUUACAGGUGAGGAAAAGUGAUGCAGUGGGCAGUAAUGAUGAAGAAUGUGAUUUAUAUUGAUAUCAUGUUCUAAUGAGGAUGAAAUACUCUCUUGUUAUUAUAUUUAUUAGCGUCUGAUUUUGCAGCAUAAUUAGAUCUGUCCAUGAAGCUUGGGAAGAAAUAAGUACAGGAGAGCUGGUAUCUUCUAAAAUAUUCACAUAUUUUUUAAAAAUCUCAUAGUGAAACUCUAGUGAAAGAAUAUUUGUAUGUAUUAGGAAAGAUCAGUCAGACGACAUUUGGCUGCAUUUUGGCAAUAAUUUAAUGACCUUUGUUCAAGUAGUCUGCUAUGGGACAGAGUAGGAAAUAUUUUAUUUCAAACUUUGAAUGUAAGCCCAGCAAAUCAGAGCAGUCAUGAUAGUCUUAUGCAUUUGGUGAUUGUUUGGCAUAUUUGUAGCAUUAAGUGUGCUGAAGAAUCUAGACUCAGCAGCUAGUUUUUUCGUUACCCAUGCUUUUUUUGAUUUAUCUUACUAACAAUUGGUAGGGUGUAAUCCACUUAAGUGAAGUAGCCAAUUUUGAUGUAUGCCUGGAUCCUUCUGUGAAGGAAAAGUUUCAAAACAUGUCAUUUGUAAAUACUGCAAGGUCAUCCUUGCCAUCUUGUUAUAGUUAAUAUCAACAGGUUAUGGCUUCUUUUGUAAAUAUGUAUUAUACUUCAUCAAGCAAUAAGUGGUGAAAGCAGGUGUUUUUUAUUCUGAAGAAUGUAAGGGAGUUUUAAUUUCCAAGGUGAUCUGAAGAAGAGAAAAAAAAUUGAAAAAGGUCAAGCAAAGGCAGCUUCAGUUAAGUAAGGGAACAUUUUAGGCUCAACAGAAAUAACCUAGGGAAGUAUAAGAUUUUGAACCUAGUACCCAAAGAUGUGACAGUAGAGUUAUGUAAUUUUCAUCCCCAAACAUUUCAGAAUAUAUCCUCUUUUUGGUCAGUAAACCCCAGUUGCUGUGAAAUGGAGAACCAUUCUGUACCUGGGGCUAGAGAAGAGCAGUUUCACCAGUGAUAUUGGGGUAUAUUUCUCUGUUUUUCAUUUUAUGAUAGUUUAAAAUUCAGUUUCAAUCAUGGACAGAACGGACAGGCUGCUUUUGGUGGCUUUUUGACAUAUAACUAGUAGGACAAAGUGCAAGUUUACUGCAACUGUCUUUUUGUCUUCAUUGUUAUGAUGCUGGAACCUGUUUCACACAAAAAGUUUUUAAACUUAAGUUUUAUUGCUAAAGUUGGACAGCAGACAGUGCAGUCCUUUUUCCCGUAUUGACUUAGGAGCUUUACGAAAGAUGGUCCACAAUAAAUGUAUUUGAAAUUCCUAAAUGGGCUAAAGUUGCCACUGAGACCAUCACAAUGCAUGCAUGAGGCUAAGAAAAAAGACCAAAAAUAAAUUGAGCAGCCUUUGUGUAACACGAUUUGGGCUAAGAUUUCAGUCUUAAAGCUGACUUGAGACUUUUUUGUGAAAUGGGUUCCUGCUGUCAUACCAAGUUGAUUUAAGAAAUCCAUCAAAAGUCACUAGGCAGCCAGAAUAGAGGCACCAUUGCUCCUUAAGAUAUCUGGUCAUGUGCUAACACAUUUAAGACCUCUUUGCAGUCAAGAAUAUUUCUUGUCUAAACACAUAUGAUGUCAAGAGGUCAUAUCAGUAUUUCAUUGGUCUAUAUGUUGUGUCAAGUGCAACAAAUGCUUUGACCCCCUCAGUCGUGUUUCUCACAAGUGCAAUUGUAUUUGUAAACUGUUAUAACAUUAUAUGAACACAGUUAAAUUUAGUAAUAAAGUUU